CCGUGAAAUUGUUUCUGAUUAGUGAUUUUAACUAUUUCUACGUUCUUCUGUAUUGUAAUAACGAAUCAACAUGAAGUGUAUUUAUCUUGUGAUUUCUAUUAUUUUAUACUUUUCAGGCAUAGAAGGUAUAGAAGUAGCUACUGAACUGCCAAAGCAAGUUGAAUCCAUAUUAAAUGAAACAAGAAGAAUCAUAAAUGGAGAUGAAGUCACCGACAGUCGACCUUACAUGGUGUACCUAAAACUACCCAGAAGUAACAAGAAACAGCCAAACUACCGCACUUGGCUGUGUGGGGGCGUUAUCAUCCAUGAAGAGUAUAUUCUCACUUCUGCCGCCUGUAUAGAAGAUGCUGAACACUUUUAUGUAGUUUCUGGCACGUACAAGUAUGCAGAUGAAGAUGAUAGGUACAACAAUCCCUGUAUCAAGAAUGGAGCAAAAAAAGCCAUUUGGAAGUGCGUCCCUAAAAAUUACGUCUUCGACGGGCAUGAAAACGACAACAUCAGAUGGAUGAACAACGACAUAGCUGUGGUCAAAGUGGAAGAUGGGUUUGACUUCACCAGGAGGAUCAGAGGGUGUGACUUCGUCCCGAAGCCGAUUUGCUACAACAACCAGAGCCAGACUUUGGAGAACCCUGGCACUAUUGUGUCCAUUGCUGGGUGGGGUACCACGUCUAGGUAUAAUGACUGGGUAAACAGAAGAAAGGAAAACCAGCAAAAUCUUCUAGAAGCUCAUGUAGAGAUCAUCACAAAGACCAAAUGCAAGAGGCGUUGGGGAGCUCGCUACCACAACAUCAUUGACAACUACAUGAUCUGCACCAAGGACAUCGGUCAGACUAUGUCUGAGAUCUGUAAUGAAAAAUACGUAGACUGCCAAGACAUAAACUACUCAGACGAGGAGGAUAUGCGUCGUGACGCCCACGUCCUCAGAACGGAGAAGAUUCCCACUAAUCUGAGACUGCACUCCGCUUACCACAAUGAAACUAGUGGUAAUACGUCAAUCGUUGCUGGAGGGAGGAGGUACACUUCACAGCCUGAUGGAGGAUUCUGUGAGAACGACCACGGAGGGCCCCUCGUCUACGGCAACGGGGUCAAUUCCAUCGUCAUCGGGGUCAUCUCCGCCUGCUUAGUCAAAGAGAGGAGCAACAAGUGCUACGGGCCUUUCCUGUAUACCAGCAUCUUUAAGAACCGACAGUUCAUCUCUUGCGCUAUCUAUAAGGAUAUAGAACCUAAAUGCAGGCGUCAGUUCAGGUCAGGAGUCACACACGUGGAGAAGGUCCUGUCAUGGAAGAGUCAUCCUGAUGGCCCAGCGAAGAACGAACUAGACCCUGAGAAUAAAACUGAAGCAGCCGCCGAAAUAAUACACAGAGCCCACGAUGCACCAGUGAACGCGACUGGCGAUAAAGUGUUCCCGGGCAGCGGGUUCAUACUCCGGGCCACCAACGAUACGAAGCCGCCCGCGAAGAAUGUCACGGAAAAAGUCUAGUGUAACUUAUUAAUUAAAUAAAUGAUUUUUUCGGAAGA